AUGGAGGAUCACAUGACCUCAUCAGACAUGGCGGCUACCGGAAACAUUUCUGUCCCCAUGGUAACAGGCUCAAUAGGAACCGACCCAGACUCGCAGGUUCUGUGUGACAGAGUGAAGGUCUGUGAGCAGAAUGCAGGUUCAACCAUCCAGUCUGACAGCUACCUGUGGAACAGGAUCAGAGAGUUAGAGAGGUCAGAGAAGAGUCUGCUGCUAAGGCUCCAUCAGCUGGUCUCUGCUUCCCACCUCCCCAGCAUGCAGCACACACAGAGGCUGGAUCAGAGACUCCACAUGCUCAGGGAGGAGGUCAGGACCAUGACUCAGGACAAGGAACGGGGAGAGCGGGUAUGGAGGGAGCGACUGCAGCGCUGUCAGAGGCAGCUGAAGGCCAAAGAGGAGGAGAUGAGCCGCCAGUCCCAGUACUUUGAGAACUUUAAAGCCCAACUCCAACACAAGCUAAGUCUGGCCCGGGACAGAGAGCAGAGCCUACAGAACCGUAUCCACACCUUAGAAAAGCAGCUGCUGGACAUGACUGUGAGUGCCGCCACUGGUAUUGCAACAAUCAGUGCCGUCAGAAUUACUGCUGGGACUUUAACACAGCGGGAGGAGCAAGAGAGGCUGCUUUCCAUGAGAGGAGAGGGUGAAGGAGAGGAAGAGAAAAAGGAGGAGAGGAGAAAGCAAUGGCAGCCAAACAAAGGAACUGAGAGAGAAGGAAGACGAGAGGGUGAUGAAAGAAAGACAGACAUCAAGCAGAACUCAAAUGAGGCCAGGCUCCAAAGUUUCAUCCUGAGCCUGCAGGAGGAUCUCAGGGUGCUGCUGGAGAGAGAGGAAAGUGGAAUGACAGAGUGGAGGAGGCUGACGGAGCAGCUUCAGGAGGCUCAAGAGAACAGCCAUUUCCUGUGCUGCAAGGUGGAGGAGAUGAAGGCAGAGGUGCAGCAACUGAAGCUGUCUGAAAUCUCCCUGAUGGAGGAGGCUGAAGAGCUGAGAGAGGAGAACCACAGACUCCAGCAGAACCUCAGGGAUGCAGCUAACCAAACACCCAGUCAGUCAUCCACAAUCCUUGAGUCAACAUAUCCAAGUCCUGGGAACAGCUUGCUGAGCUGCAGCCCCGUUGUUCCCAUGAACACUAAUCCCACUGGACAUUAUUCAGAUGAGAGCUGUGGAAAGGUCCAGCUAAUCUUGGAUGAACGAGAAGGCCAGUCACAUUCAUCUGCAGUUGUGCCUGUUCACCAUCAGGCUGCAGCAGAGAGCACACAGAACAACACAGAAGACCCUUCUGCAACUGUAAAGUUAGAUACUUUGUCUUCACCUGAAACCGACUCUCCAAACCUUAUUACCUGCCUUGCCUCCAAAUCCAACCUCAGCCUCCAGUCACUAUCUGUGACUACAGAGACAGUAGAUGACUUUAAACUGGGGACCUGGUGCUCCAGGGGUGUCCUAAACCUCGAGGAAAUCCCCAGUGAGGAAUCUGAUGCCCUGAAGGAAGCGUACAGGAGUUUGGGAUUAGGGGAAGAUCUUGAGGCUCCCCAAGAGCAACGUGGCCCCCUGGAGGCUGUUUUGCAGCACACACAGGAACAGCUGCAGGUGAUGGCUCAAUACAACACUGAACUGAAAUCACAGCUCCAGAAACAAGCAGAGGAGCAAGAAACAGAGGCAUCUCCUGUCCUUAGUAACACCAUCCUCGCUCAGGAUAAUCUUGUCCAAGCCUUGAAUCAGGAGAACCGGGCCUUAGCGGACAGGAUCCAAGAGCUACUGGCUCACAUUGAGCUCAGAGAACAGGAGAUGAAGACAGAGCAAACUCAGCUGAGGGAGCAUAUUUUUGGCUUAAAGGAGGACCUAGCACGGCUGGAGCAGGAGAACCAGGAACAAGGGUGUCUUAUCACAGAACUCACCAGGAAGACUGAAGAUGAUCUUAAUACUAUCAUGCAUCUGCAGCAGAAGUUAGUAGAGAGCAGAGAUUGUCAGCAGAACAACCUAGAAGAACAUGUGCAUAGUUUGGUGGAAAAUGUGCUAAAAGGGGAUGAAGAACCACAGCUGAUGUUGAGUCAGCAACUAGACAAUUUGAACACAGCUUCAGCCCCUGAUUGUCAACAUAAUAAACACAAUAAUCCAUUGCAAAACAGCCCACAAACCAAUGUGCAUGCUAGUUCAGUGACAGAUGAAGUCGACCAGCUGACUAAAUUGGUCCACAGCCUCAAAACAGAACAAGAAGAGUUAAUCUGCCAAAUGAAUUCUCUCAGAGAGGAGCAAAAAGAAGUAGCUCUGUCAAUCCAAACACAGACAGAAGAGAAGCAGCACCUAACUCGCACAGUUUGGGGACUGAAAGAGGAGAAAGACCGAAUAUCUCAAUCUCUGGUUGGUAUUAAGCAAGAGAGGGAGCAUCUAACCAGGACAGUCUCUGGGCUGAAAGAUGAGAGAGACCAGUUUAUAAGGUCCAUGAAUAGUCUGAAAGAGGAAAAAGAGCAUUUCAUUAUGUGCUUAUCUGGUCAUGAAAGAGAAAAAGAGAAACUGUUAGAGUCACUCUCAAGUGGAAGAGAAGAGGUAGAUCAAACCGUUAAAUCACUUCAAAGUUUACAAAAAGAGAGCAACCAGUUAAGCCAGUCAGUGCUCAGUUUGAAACUGGAGAGAGAUGAACUAAUAGAUACCCUCAAAUGUCUGACAGAGCAGAGAGAUCAGGAACAAUUAUCUUCUAUUUUACAAGAAGACCGUGACAAGCUGCUAAAGUCAGUGAGCAGUUUGAAAGAAGAAAAAGAAAGAAUUGAACAUUCAAUCAGUGUUUUGAAACAGGAGGAAAAGCAGACUAUACGAUUAUUUCAAAAGCAUCUGUUGAAUCAAAACGUUGUUGGGCUGACAAAGAAGACAGAGACUACUGUUGGGACUGGAGAUAAUGCUGCACACAGAUGUCCGAUUAAUAACUACAAAGAAAACUCUAAACAGGAGGAAAGUGAUCUGAUGAGGGAGAUUGAAGCUUUGGGAGCAAAACUAAAGAAGUCACAAGAGGAACUGGACAAGUGCCACAUACAGACCAAGAGGCUGAACAGUGAGUUGUGUCAGUCAGAAGCCAGGAGGGAGGAGGCAGUGAGGAGAGCAUCUCAAGUAGCUGACAAGGUGAUGAGGCUGACAGAUGAAGCCAAUCAGAUGGAAGAAACCAAUAAGGAAAAUGACCGCCUCAUGACCCAGGUGAAGGAGCUACAGAGCAAACUGACAGGUCAAGUCAGGGAGAAGACUGACGCUCUGUCACUGAAGGCUCAGAUAGAGGAGAAAUACAACAUCCUCACAGCUCAGCUCAAAGCAAAGACAGUGGCUCUAGAAGAGCUGAACUCUGAGUAUAUCGCUCUGAAAAGAGGACAGGGCAGCAGAGAUGAUCUGAGCACUGUUCUCAUGUCCCUCCGGACACGUUACAACGACAUCAAAGCUAAAUAUGAGGCACUCCUGAAAAAGAAGAGCCAGACAGAUUUGGAUAUAUCUCCUUUAAAGGCCAAGCUGUCAUGCCUGGUGGUGAAGUGUCAAGAGAGGAACAGCUUAUUGAUGCAGAUGAUGAAAGUGAUGCACAAGCAGGGCUGUGUGGACUCAACACUAAUGCAGCAGGUAGAGCAGCUGCUCUGUGAUGCUGCUCUGCAGGACUACACUGCAGCAUUCACACCAGGAAUCACUGUAAAGACCCAGAAUCACCUGAGUGGGUUUACACCUGAAUUUAUUCUAAAAGUUCAGGACUAUUCCGGUGGAUUCACACCUGAUCAAACCUUUCUUGCUGCAAUCCCACCUGUAAACCAGAACCAGAAUGAAUUCACAACUGAAUCUGGGGUGAAAUGCAGAAAAAGUGACAAACACUCUUCUAUAGUCACCACUGAAUUCACAACGCCUCUUCAAGGUGGUGGUGACAGCACACCUACACCAACAGUAAAGAAAAAUGCCAACUCACUUUUGCCAACCUCACCAGUGCAGGAGCAUGCCAGAGUCCAGAAGGCACCAUCACCUGUUCCAGCACUGGGCAAGGGCUUCAGUCCCAACACAACACAGCUGUCUCCCUCUGCCAGUGAACCAGAGAAAUUAGGAUUUCCAGGCAAGAAAGUGCUGUCCUCCCCAGAUCCGACCAAUUCUUCAGAGGUGAGAGGUGGAUCCUCCCUGAGUCUUGCUCCUUCCUCUUCAGCCAUUCGUGUCAGUCCGAGCAGGAGGCUGAGCAGUCCUGAGAAAAUCAUAAACCUACAUGAGCAACUGCAGAAGACUCUGUUGAGCAGCUAUCAGGCUCCAGUAAUCAGAGGAAGAAAACAGCAGCCCAGGAAAAGUCUGUUGUUUUCAGCUCCUGCUGACCUGAGCCCAUCCUCUCAGAUAAAGAUACUCAGUGUCAAUACUCCACAUCCCAACCAUCUGCCAGCCACCAGUGUUUCAAGUCAAGCUAAUCACACUCCAAUAGUGACAAUGAAAGCUGUUGCCGCCACUAAGUCAACAACACUUUUUAAUGCUGUCGCCUCUAGAUCAGCUAAUGUUUCAUUCAGUCCUGACAUGUUUACAAAGCAUUGCUUAAAAUCAGACAUGUCUACAAUAGCCUCUACUCUUUCUAGCUCUUCCAGCUCUUCUAUUAACACUGUUGCAUCAAGUAAAGAUAAUUCUGCCUUAAACAGAGGCACUAACAUACCAAUAUCCCCAAAACUGAAAAGGCAAAGUACUGCUAUCCAUAAUACUAAUCAUACAGCAACCACUACCUUUAACACCGUCAGAUCUGCAGCUACUGACUCAAAUGUCUUAAUAUCUCUUGAUACAAAUCCAAAAACCACUGCCUCAGACACAACUGCCUUGAGCAUAUCAACUGCCACUAAGGCUAGUAUUUUAAGCAUGACUUCGAACCCUAACCCUGCCCCUGAAUAUGAUGGCCUCAUAUUCACUUUACCCUGCACUCAGUCUGCUCACUGCUCUCCUGAGAGAUCCUCCAAGUCCAACAGAAAGUCCCCUAAUGCUCCAGAGAAGCCAAAAACAAGACCAAAACCAGAAGCUCCCGCAGAUGUGUGCUCCGUUGAAGUAAUCAAAACAGUGGGUCAGAGCAGCCUCCUGAUUGGCUGGGAGAGACCACCACUUGACGAGCUGGGAUGCAGUAACGGCACGUUUGUGUAUGGAUACAGGGUGUUUGUGGAUGGGGACUUUCACAAGUCUGUCAUGAGCUCAGCGUGCACCAAGUGUAUUCUGGAGAACGUCGACCUGAGUGUCCCAUUGCACCUCAGUGUCCAAACACUGGGCUCCAAUGGUUUGAAUUCAAACAGUGUCCACACCAUGUACAGGACUACAAUGAGGACAGUGAGCGUGGUGUUAAAGCCUGGUCAGGAUGGAAUCAGCGGCCUGGCAAAGGUCAACAGCAUGUGA